AUGGCCCAAAACCCUCCUUACAAAAUAUGUUUUGUACCCAAAAGCAAAGAAGAGAAGGAAGAAGAUGAGAAAAACUACAAGAGAUACAGUGAAAUUGUUGCAACUACAUUUCCAACAGCAGAAGGUUGGUUCGAUGUACCGAUCUACCAGUGCCAAGGCUUUUGGUACAGCUUUGAAAUGGCUGGUGUUGGACCAUUGGCAUUUCAAGAUCACUUCAAGGCUAGACCCAGCGACAUUCUUCUUGCUAGCAUCCCCAAGUGUGGCACAACUUGGCUGAAAUCUCUAGCGUUUUCUAUCAUGAAUCGCAAAUCUCAUCCUCCUUCAGCCCUGCAGCAGCACCCAUUGCUCAAAUUCAACUCACAUGAUCUUGUUCCAGUGAUGGAGAUGAUGCUAUAUAACAACAAUUUAAAUGGCAACCGAAUUCCUAACCUCGAUAUCCUUCCAUCGCCUAGACUGUUUGGCACACACAUACCUUACACAUCACUACCACAAUCUAUAGCACUUUCAGGUUCCAGAAUUAUAUAUAUUUGCCGAAACACAAAGGAUAAUCUAGUAUCGUGGUGGCAUUUUAUUAAUAAGUUAAGAUUGAAAAAUUCCUUAGAGCCUAUGAAAGUGGAAGAAGCCUUCAAGAUGUUUUGCAAAGGGACGUCUUCAUAUGGGCCAUUUUGGGAACAUGUGUUGGGUUAUUGGAAAGCAAGCUUAGAAAAGCCUCAAAGUGUGCUAUUCCUCAAGUAUGAUGAAUUGGUGAUUGAACCAGCUCUUCACUUGAAAAGGAUUGCAAAGUUUAUGGGGUGCCCCUUCUCUUCAAUGGAAGACAAGGAAGGGGUGGUAGAUCAAAUAAUAAAGCUCUGCAGUUUCGAGAAUUUAAGCAACUUAGAAGUGAAUCAAACUGGAAUAUGUGAUGUUGGUAUUCCGAACAAUGCCUUCUUCAGGAAAGGUAAAGUUGGAGAUUCGGCAAAUUACCUCUCACCUGAGAUGUUGGAGCAGCUUGACCACAUUACAAAGGAAAAAUUGCAUGGUUCUGGCUUGAUGCUUUAG